CUGCGGCUGGCGGCCGAGCCUUGUGCCUCCGCCAUAUUGUCUGUGUGCGGCCGGCGGGCGGGCGGCGAGCGGGCGGCCGCGGCAGUUGGAAGAACCAGAGGCCUGUCUGAGGCCUUUCUCCUCUGUCCUACUGUGGAGAUUGGGUAGCCUCUGGUUUCAGCCAUCUCAUCGCUUCCACCUGCCAACCUGUCUGAUAUGUCGGGACCCGUGCCGAGCAGGGCCAGGGUUUACACGGAUGUGAACACACACAGACCCCGGGAGUACUGGGACUACGAGUCGCAUGUGGUUGAGUGGGGAAAUCAAGAUGACUACCAGCUAGUUCGAAAAUUAGGCCGAGGCAAAUACAGUGAAGUAUUUGAAGCCAUCAACAUUACAAAUAAUGAAAAAGUAGUUGUUAAAAUUCUCAAGCCUGUUAAAAAGAAGAAAAUCAAGCGUGAAAUCAAGAUCUUAGAAAACUUGCGAGGCGGUCCCAAUAUAAUCACUCUUGCAGAUAUAGUAAAAGACCCUGUGUCUCGGACCCCUGCUUUGGUUUUUGAACAUGUAAACAACACAGACUUUAAGCAAUUAUAUCAGACAUUAACAGAUUAUGAUAUUCGAUUCUACAUGUAUGAGAUUUUGAAGGCUCUAGAUUACUGCCAUAGCAUGGGAAUCAUGCACAGAGAUGUCAAACCUCACAACGUCAUGAUUGAUCAUGAGCACAGAAAGCUUAGACUAAUAGAUUGGGGUUUGGCUGAGUUCUAUCACCCUGGCCAGGAGUACAAUGUCAGAGUGGCUUCCAGAUAUUUCAAAGGACCUGAACUCCUUGUAGAUUAUCAGAUGUAUGAUUACAGUCUGGAUAUGUGGAGCUUGGGUUGCAUGUUGGCUAGUAUGAUAUUCCGAAAGGAGCCAUUUUUCCAUGGCCAUGACAACUAUGAUCAGCUGGUGAGGAUAGCCAAGGUGCUGGGAACAGAAGAUCUGUAUGACUACAUUGACAAAUACAACAUUGAACUGGAUCCACGUUUCAAUGACAUCUUGGGCAGACACUCCCGUAAACGAUGGGAGCGCUUUGUUCACAGCGAGAACCAACAUCUGGUGAGUCCUGAAGCUCUGGAUUUCUUAGACAAGCUGUUGCGAUAUGACCACCAGUCACGACUCACAGCAAGAGAAGCCAUGGAACACCCCUACUUCUAUCCCAUUGUGAAAGACCAGGCUCGGAUGGGCUCGUCCAACAUGCCGGGUGGCAGCACUCCUGUCAGCAGUGCGAGUAUGAUGUCAGGGAUUUCUUCAGUGCCAACACCUUCACCCCUUGGACCUCUAGCAGGCUCACCUGUCAUUUCUGCCACCACCACCCUGGGGAUGCCCGUUCCAGCUGCUGCAGGCGCUCAGCAGUAGUGAUGGGUUCUGUCUCCUGCUGCCUGAGCUGAGUCAGGUGGGGAAGAGGUUUCCCCCUCCGCCUCUCCUCAGGACGCAGCUCGUGCCUGGCAGGGGAAGGGAGGGGAUGAACGCUUUGGAGGCACCGUGUCUGAACUGUUGCUUGUGGAUUUAUAGUAGUUCAGUCAUUAUAUACAAAAUUAUUAUAGGCUGAUUUUUCUUUUUUUACUUGAACUUUUCGUAACUCAGGGGAUUCCCUGAAAAUACCUACAGAUGGAAAAUUUCUUGGACAGUUUCCCUUCCCCCUUCCUCCCCCCCCCCCAAAAAAAAAAGUACUCUUCAUUUAAGAGCAAAGAUGAAUCAACAGCAUUUCCAAACUAUUGCAUCCUGCUGGAAAUCUCUUCUCUUCAUGUUCCCACCAUUACUCCUCCACGAGCACACACCUUGGGAGAUCGUGCUGUUCUCCAGAGACUACCAAACCAAGUCUUCAUGAGGCAGGGGAGGGGGAUUCUCUAAGUACCACUCACUCACUUUAACCCCAUAGCCUGCAUAUGAUUCAGUACACUGAGGAGACAAUUCCAGUAUGGAGAGGCGGUAUAAGCUUAAAAGAAGUGCAGAUAAUGUCUAAAACCCUAUUUUGAUCAAAUCAUGUCUCCUUAGGAGCCGACCAGAAUGCCAACUCACCCCCUUGCAUGUAAUUUUAGUCUUCAAACAUAAAGUGACCGAUCCAACUGAAGUCCUCUCCACCUCCUGGUAAAGGUGCUGCUUUAGAGCCGUCCUCUGAUCAGCACCUUUCUCAUGGAAGGGGAGGCUUCCUGCCAUUGCUUGGCUUGGAUCUCUGGAAUUAGUUUGUUAUUGGGUAUAUUGUUUUUAAAUUGUUGAUAUAGGUUUCGAGCUGGUGGCAACUUAAAGCUGGAAAAAUCAGACUGCGCCAAGUCAGAUACCACAUCUUCACCCACCAUCCCCUCCCUCACGUGCCAUGUGGUGAGAAUACCAGUUACCUCACAGUCUUGUAAAUAUGCACUGAGAGGAAGGAGCGAGCAGACUUAACUUAAACUGAAAUGGUAGAUCAGUAAUUGUGGACAAAUAUUAUCAUUGACAACAAAGGAAAAGAAAAAAAAGCACCCCUGUUACAGCCCUGCUACCCCUUGCUGUGUAUAUAUACUUUGUCCUUCAUAUGUGAAAGAUCCAGUGUUGGAAUUCUUUGGUGUAAAUAAACAUUUGGUUUUAUUUAUCGA